AAAGAAGCAAGUCAAAUGUUCAUUGGACUUCUCAACCGAAAAAAAAAACCACCCUCUUAUAAAAGCAAAGUUCAGAGUUGCAGCUAGGCUAUAGCGAAAAUCACAACAAAAUAGAAAAAUCCAAAUGGCUUUAGAAGCACUUUCUACCAAUGAACUCCUCAACUUCAUCAUCUAUGAUACAAUCUCUUCCACCCCUCUUAACAACAACAACAACAACAAUCUUGAUGAUGCCUUACUUUUAAACCAUCAACAUGAAAAUAUUGGCUAUUUAUUAAAACCUCAAGAUUUUGGUACUCAUGAGCAACAAUAUUCCACCACCACCGCCACCGUGCCGCCACAAACUUCCACACGUAAGGAGAAGAAUAAUUUGGCUGCGGCGGCACAAGGCGGCUGUGGUCGAAAAAAGAGGAGGAGAAGACCUAAAAUUUGCAAGAAUAAAGAAGAAGCUGAAAAUCAAAGAAUGACACACAUUGCUGUUGAGAGAAAUAGAAGGAAACAAAUGAAUGAACAUCUUUCUGUUUUACGCUCACUCAUGCCUGAAUCCUAUGUUCAAAGGGGUGACCAGGCCUCAAUAGUAGGUGGUGCUAUUGAAUUCGUAAAGGAGUUAGAGCACGUUUUACAGUCCUUUGAAGCUCAAAAGUUCGUAUUAUUACAGCAAGGUGAUGGUGGCGGUGGUGGUGGCAAUGGUGAAGUACCAAACACAAGCACGGGCGAUAUUUCAGCCUCCCCAGCCGCCGCCACGGAGUAUUUUCCGACCCCAUUUGCUCAAUUUUUCUCGUACCCACAGUACACAUGUUGUCAAUUACCAAACAAAUACACAUCAAAGAGCAAGGCAGCAAUAGCAGAUAUUGAAGUGACUCUCAUCGAAACUCAUGCAAACGUUAGAAUCCUAUCAAGAAGAAGAUUUCGUCAGCUAUCAAAAUUGGUAGCUUCGUUUCAGUCAUUGUACCUUAAUGUACUUCACCUCAAUGUCACCACCUUAGAUCCAUUGGUUCUCUAUUCUAUAAGUGCUAAGGUGGAAGAAGGUUGCCAACUAAACUCAGCAGAUGACAUAGCAGGUGCAGUCCACCACAUGCUAAGAAUAAUUGAGGAGGAAGCAACUACCCUUUCUUGCCAAGCCUAGGGAACAGACCCUAUUAUCUUUAUCAUGUUUUUUUUUCUAGUUUGAAUCCGCUGGACAAAACGAGAAAACAAGGAAAAAAUGAAAAAGAAAGAAAGAGCUUGUUUAAUGUUCAUAUUAGUAGUAGGUCUUUCUUGUCCUUGCAUUGUAAGUACAACAAGAGCUGUGGUUCUGUUUAUAAUGUGUGGCUAGAGUACAAUUAUUAGGGCUUUACCACUA